AUGGCUGCCAUGUUCAGCCAAAAUCCCCUUAUGAACGGGCCCAACUACUCAUUCUCCGAGGCACCCAAGAAGGCUGCUGGCGAGUUCAGAGAGCACCGCUUCAACCCGUACACGGACAAUGGCGGCUCGACCCUUGCCAUUGCUGGCGCCGACUUCGCCAUUAUGGCUGGCGAUACCCGUAGCACCUCCGGCUAUAGCAUCAACUCUAGAUACACCCCGAAGGUCUUCAAGAUUGGCGGUACGACCUCGACACAAGAUGAUGCCACCAUUCUACUCUCUGUGGUUGGUUUCGCUGCCGAUGGCGAGGCCCUCAAGGACCGUCUCGAUACUAUCUGCAAGAUCUACCGUUACCGCCACGGCAAGCCCAUGAGUGUUACGGCCUGCGCGAAGCGCCUCUCUACUAUCCUCUACCAGAAGCGUUUCUUCCCCUACUACGUCUACGCUAUUCUCGGUGGCCUCGACGAGGAUGGCACGGGUGCUGUCUUUUCAUACGACCCUGUCGGCAGCUACGAGAGGGAACAGAGCCGUGCCGGUGGUGCUGCUGCCAGUUUGAUUACCCCCUUCCUCGAUAACCAGGUCAACUUCAAGAACCAGUAUGUUCCUGGCAGCGGCGUGGGCCACGACCUUCAGGAGCGUCCUCGUGUUCCCCUGGAGCGCAAGGAAGCCGAGAUCCUAGUCAAGGAUGCGUUUGACGGAGCUGUUGAGAGACACAUUGAGGUGGGUGACCAUCUGCAGAUGAUGAUUAUCACCAAGAACGGUAUUGAGGAGGCUCUACUGCCUCUGAAGAAGGAUUAA